CGCUGCUGGCUGAGUCAGCCGGCUCGUCACGCAGCGUCAGUCUGGAGUCGCACAAUUAUGAAAAAGCAACCCUCCGUUGGACCUGCAGCCAAAGCGGAUCUCUCCAACGUCCACCGGGCUUUCCUUACACCAAGGCUAACCGAGAGCACCGCCGAUAGAUGGAUAAAGGCCACGACGCAGCUCUUCCUGAGUCUCAACGGUGAAGAGAAUGUCCCAGAAACCCUGGAUAGAAAGCACUUUCACAAAGAGGGAAUGUGUGUACAUACUUACCGUGUCAAAGGACCCCCACAGAUGCCUUCCAGGAUGCCAGAUUUGCCAGCAGCUGGUCCGGUGCUGCUGUGGACGCCUGGUGCGCCAGCAUGUUGGCUUCACAGCCAGCUUGGCCACCAAGUAUUCGGAUGUGAAGCUGGGUGAAAACCCCAGCCCAUCCAUGUCUGAGAUGGAGGAGUGGUCGGUGGAAAAACACACAGAAGCGAGCCCCACUGACGCCUAUGGUGUCAUCAACUUCCAGGGAGGGUCUCACUCAUACAGAGCCAAGUAUGCGCGUUUGUCCCACGACUCGCGGCCUGAGAGCAUCCUGCGGCUGAUGCUGAAGGAGUGGAAUAUGGAGCUACCCAAGAUUCUCAUUUCUGUCCAUGGAGGAGUGCAGAACUUUGAUCUGCACCCACGCAUCAAACAGGUGGUGGGCAAGGGCCUCGUCAAAGCUGCCGUCACCACCGGGGCCUGGAUUCUCACAGGAGGGGUCAACACAGGUGUGGCAAAGCAUGUAGGUGAUGCGCUCAAAGAGCACUGUUCCACAUCAUCAAAGAAAAUUUGCACUAUCGGGAUCGCACCCUGGGGAGUAAUUGAAAACCGGAACGAUCUGAUUGGCAGAGAUAUUAUUGCUCCGUAUCAGACACUGCUGAACCCUCUCAGCAAACUAAAUGUUCUCAACAAUCUGCAUUCCCAUUUCCUCCUGGUGGACAAUGGGACGGUGGGCAAGUACGGAGCUGAGGUCAAACUGCGGAGGGACCUGGAGAAGCACAUCAACCUUCAAAGAAUACAUGCACGUAUCGGUCAGGGUGUUCCCGUUGUGGCCCUGAUCUUAGAGGGGGGUCCCAAUGUGAUCCUGACUGUGCUCGAGUACCUUCAGGAGAGCCCCCCUGUCCCUGUGGUGGUGUGCGAGGGCACCGGGCGUGCUGCUGACAUACUGGCCUAUGUCCACAAGCAGACUGAGGAGGGAGGUGGUCUUCCUGAUGGAGUGGAGACUGACAUCAUCGCAACCAUCAAGAAAACCUUCAACUUCAGCCACAGUGAUGCCAUCCACCUGUUUCAAACUCUGAUGGAGUGCAUGAAGAGCAAAGAACUGAUCACCGUGUUUCACAUCAGCUCCGAGGAGCACCAGGACAUUGAUGUAGCCAUUCUGAGGGCUUUACUCCAAGGCACAGACGCAUCUGCCUUUGAUCAGCUAGUGCUCUGUCUGGCCUGGGACCGUGUAGACAUCGCCAAGAAUCAUGUGUUUGUGUACGGACAGCAGCUCCUGGUGAGCUCACUGGAGCAAGCCAUGCUGGAUGCGCUCAUCAUGGACAGGGUGGAUUUUGUCAAGUUGCUCAUUGAAAACGGUGUAAGCAUGCACCGUUUCUUGACAAUCAAUCGACUGGAGGAACUUUACAACACGAAACAACCCCCCUACAACCCAACCCUUCUCCACCUGGUUAGAGAUGUUAAACAGAGUCAUCUUCCUCCAAAUUACAAAAUCACUUUAAUUGAUGUGGGCCUGGUUAUUGAGUUCCUGAUGGGCGGGACUUACAGGUGCAACUACACAAGGAAACGCUUCCGGAUCAUUUACAACAAUCUCCAUGGAAACAGUAGAAGAUCAGGACGCCACCCAGCAGGUCCUGGUUCUCAUUUGCGGAAAAAUCAUGAGUCUUUCAGCAUGCAGGCUGACAAGAAGGAGAAGACGAGGCACAACCACUUCAUCAAAACUGCACAGCCAUACAAACCUAAACUUGAGUCUUCCAUAGAGCAGAACAAAAAGAGGAGCAAAGAAGAGAUAGUGGACAUAGAUGACCCAGAGACACGGCGGUUUCCUUACCCUUUCAAUGAACUCUUGGUAUGGGCUGUGCUGUUGAAGAGGCAGAAAAUGUCGCUGUUCUUCUGGCAGCAUGGUGAGGAGAGCAUGGCAAAGGCCCUGGUGGCCUGCAAACUCUGUCGAUCUAUGGGCUACGAGGCCAAGAAGAGCGAUGUAGUGGACGACACAUCAGAGGAGCUCAAGGAGUAUUCAAAUGAGUUUGGAACGUUGGCUGUGGACCUGCUGGAGCAAUCAUUCAGGCAGGAUGAGACCAUGGCCAUGAAGUUGUUAACCUAUGAGCUGAAGAACUGGAGCAAUUCCACCUGUUUGAAGUUGGCUGUCUCCUCCCACUUGCGGCCAUUUGUGGCUCAUACGUGUACUCAGAUGCUGCUUUCAGACAUGUGGAUGGGACGGCUGAACAUGCGCAAGAACUCCUGGUACAAGGUGAUUCUGAGUAUCUUGGUGCCUCCUGCCGUCCUACUGUUGGAGUACAAAUCCAAGGCUGAAAUGGCUCACAUCCCGCAGAGUCAGGAUGACCACCAAAUGACCAUGGAAGACAGCGAACACAACUUUCAGAACAUACCUGAAGAUAUCCAAAUGGAUGUGUUUAAGGAGUCCAGAUCCCAUGACAACGAGGAGGUAAAAAAUGAAAUAGAGACGCACGUUCGCUCCAGGAAGUUGCCUUUAACCAGGAAGAUCUAUGCCUUCUACCAUGCUCCUAUUGUCAAGUUCUGGUCCAGCACGCUCUUCUACCUUGCCUUCUUGAUGUUGUAUUCUUAUGUGGUUCUCGUGAAAAUGCCCAACUGGCCUUCUCCUCAAGAGUGGGUGGUCAUCCUCUACAUCUUCACCUCUGCCAUUGAGAAAAUCCGAGAGAUGUUCAUGUCUGAAGCAGGCAAAAUUAGCCAGAAGAUAAAAGUCUGGUUCAGUGACUAUUUUAAUGUGUCUGACUUUGUGGCCAUCAUGAUGUUCUUUAUCGGCUUUGGUCUGAGAUUGGCUGGAGGCCAAGCCUUUGUGCCUGGUAGAACAGUUUACUGUCUCAAUAUCGUCUUCUGGUAUGUGCGCCUCCUGGAUAUCCUAGCUGUCAACCAGCAAGCUGGGCCGUAUGUCAUGAUGAUCGCCAAGAUGGUGGCCAACAUGUUUUAUAUUGUGGUAAUAAUGGCUAUAGUCCUGCUGAGCUAUGGUGUACCCAGGAAAGCUAUUCUGUACCCAGAGGAGGAGCCCAGUUGGACACUGGCCAAGGAUGUGGUCUUCCAACCGUAUUGGAUGAUGUAUGGGGAAGUGUAUGCCUAUGAAAUCGAUGUGUGUGCCAAUAACAGUGAUACCAGUGUGAAGCCACUGUGUCAGGCAGGAGUAUGGCUGACUCCUCUCCUACAAGCAGUCUACCUCUUUGUACAGUAUAUACUAAUGGUCAACCUCCUCAUCGCCUUCUUCAACAAUGUGUAUAUUCAAGUGAAGUCCAUUUCUAACCUGGUGUGGAAGUACCAACGCUACCACUUCAUAAUGGCCUACCAUGAGAAGCCUGUCCUCCCACCACCCUUCAUCCUCCUGUGCCAUAUCUACUCUCUCUUCUGCAUGUGUGGAAAGAGAAAGAAGGAGCAUACCUACGGACCAAAGCUGUUUCUAACUGAGGAAGACCAGAAGAAGCUUCACGAUUUUGAGGAGCAGUGUGUGGAGACGUACUUUCAUGAAAAAGAUGAUCAAUUUCACACUGGGAGUGAGGAGCGCAUACGUCUUACCUCAGAAAGAGUUGAGACCAUGUGUUUGCAACUGAAGGAGGUCGGGAACAAGGUCACCUUUAUUAAACGCUCUUUGCACACACUGGACUCUCAAAUCGGCCACCUGCAGGACCUCUCAGCUUUGACUGUGGACACUCUGAAGACCCUCACUGCUCAGAGGGCAUCCGAGGCCUGCAAGGUCCACAAUCAGAUCACCCGAGAGCUCAGCUUGUCAAAGAAUGUUGUUCCCAGCAUUGCCGCUGUGGCAACAGACACUGGCCCCCACUCUAAAUCGUCUGUGAUAGGCAAACGCAGUGUUGGGCCUUUGUUUGAGUCCUCUUUCCCUCAGACAGGAGGUGACAUAGCAGAUUCUCUUUUUGGCAUAGGUGUGGGGGGAGGAGCUGGGACAGACGGUGUCCGAAGAGUCCGUCCCAGCCCUGGAGCAGGACUGGGGCAGGACCCCAUCAUGAACCCAUCAUUCAGUCCAGAGAGAAGAGACUUGUUUUGGCUCCGUCAUCUUGCUGUAGAGGCUGGGUCCUCAGGCAGUGCUGGCUCCAGUGCCUUUGUCCAAAGUGCUGUGGCCACUUCCCCUCCAGAGCUGCGUCUCCGAGGCCACUCUCUCACCCACAGUAAGCUGACCCGUCCACAACAGCCGGGCUUUUCCGACUCCCCUUCCAGCUUACCCAACGUACCCUCCUCCUCCGAUGUUCACUUCCACAUCAGCAGCACCCCUUCCCAGCCCAGUGGCUCCAGCCACCCAGAGCUCGCGCUUGCUGGGCUUUACCCGCAGCACCUCCAGCCAGACAGCGCCACUGUAGAGUUUGGUGCAUUUGUGGGUAAGUUUAAGAGUGAGAGUGAAUCUGGUGUAGAUGACAAGAUGAAAGAGGAGGAUGAAAGCUGUGUGUGUGUGUAUCCUACUGUUGUCAUUGUCUCGGGCUCUGCUCAGCUUCCCUGCCUGCCUGCUUGCACUGUGAAUCCUGAGAACACAGAGGGAUUAGGAAAUGAGGAGAGAGACCCUAAGGUCAGUUUUGGGUAUGUGAAUGAGGCAUUUUGUGAUGACGAAGGGAGUUCAAGCUCUCCAAAUAAACAGACAACAAACACAAAACUCCCACUGGCUCCUGAAGCCGAAACACCACUGGGUCACUCAAACGGAAAAAACUCAAAGCCAAGAUUUGCCCGGGCCCCUGCUGUGGUAACCAGGAGACCCUACAAAAGAAGGAGCAGGAAGCAGAACGGUUCAGGACCACCAGAGUCCUGCUGUAAGGGACAGAGUGAGUCAGAGGUCCCAUUUGACAAGAGGAACACAGCAAGAGAGCCAGACACAAUAAGAGGACACAAAGACAGUAUGGACCUCCAGCACUCUACACCCAAAGAGACCACCUCUUCCAGCACACGGCAAAGCCCAGCUACACAGACCAGAUUACAGGCUCAGCUUGAAGGUCACGGUCAGAUCAGAGCCGUCAACUCCUACGCUGGUUUCACAGAAUUUGACAGAAAACCAGCUUUUCUCCAUCCUGACUCCACUCUAACAAAGAGGGAUAGAAGCAGAGUGUCAGCUGAAGACAUCCUCAUCCAUGAGGAUCCCAGGGCUGCAAUACUGGAAAAAGUUCAGUUCAAAUCAGCCCAAGCCAGCAGCCUACAAGCAACUGACCAAGAUACUCUAAAUGCAGCACUUCCUAUCUACAUGCCACGACAUACGCACCUGGGAGCCAGAAAGGACUCUAUUGGAUCACCUUUCAAGCCCAUGGAAAGCUACCAGUACUCAGCUGUCGAGCGAAACAACUUGAUGAGGCUGUCCCAGAGCAUUCCUUUCACUCCUGUGCCCCCAAGAGGGGAGCCUGUGACCGUGUACUGUUUGGAGGAGAGCUCUCCCAACACUAUCAACAACAGCAUGUCUUCCUGGGCCCAGCGAGGCCUCUGUGCCAAAAUAGAGUUCCUCAGCAAGGAGGAAAUGGGUGGAGGACUCAGGCGAGCCCUCAAGGUGCUCUGCACUUGGUCAGAGUACGACAUUCUCAAACCAGGACACCUGUAUAUAGUCAAGUCCUUCCUCCCUGAGGUGGUCCAAACCUGGCAGAGCAUCUACAAGGAGGACACUGUUCUGCACCUUUGUCUCAGGGAAAUUCAACAACAACGAGCUGCACAGAAGCUGACCUUUGCCUUCAACCAAGUCAGGCCGAAGACAAUUCCUUAUUCACCGAGGUUCCUGGAGGUGUUUCUGCUCUACUGUCACUCUGCCGGGCAGUGGUUUGCCAUAGAGGAGUGCAUCACUGGGGAGUUCAGGAAGUUCAACAAUAACAACGGGGACGAGAUCGUCCCCACCAACCUCCUGGAGGAAACCAUGCUGGCCUUCAGCCACUGGACCUACGAAUACACACGAGGAGAGUUGCUGGUGCUCGACCUGCAGGGUGUCGGGGAGAUUCUGACAGAUCCUUCAGUCAUAAAGAGUGGUGAGAAAGGAUCAUAUGAUAUGAUAUUUGGACCGGCCAAUCUGGGGGAUGAUGCGAUCAGAAACUUCCGUGCAAAACACCACUGCAACUCCUGCUGUCGCAAACUCAAACUUCCUGACCUGAAGAGGAACGAGUACACACCAGAUAAGGUGACAUUCCCACAAGAAGACCCUUCCAACUCAGGGGGCGACAUGAAGGAGUCCCGCCAGUCAAUGAGGCAGAUGCUGUGAUCGGUCCAAUGCGAGUGAGCAAGAGGAUGUGAGUGACUGAGAGUCCUCACUGUUUUUUUUUUGUUUGUUUUUUUUUUUUUUAAAUUUAGUCAAAGCCAAGGAGGAAGAAAGUGCAUCCAAUCAACUGGAAGAGUCCCACCUCGGUUUCCAUGAAAACCAGUGCAUGCAGACUGCGUCAUGUUUUUGUCAAUCCCACGGAAAUGCUGCGCAGCACACAAUCCAAGCAUCUAAACUUUUGUUUUGUAACACAUUGGUGGGGGGGAUGAUUUACACAUUAACAAAUAUAUAUAUAUAUAUAUAUAGAAAUAUAUUAUGAAAACUGGAUAUAUCUACAGGUACAGUACCAUUGCAGAGGCUUUAUUAUUUAUUAUAAAGUUUGAAAAGUUGCCUUGUUUUAACAAAAAAAAAAGAAAAAAAGAUGAAAUCAUAAGUGCAUUGUUCACCUGUUAAAGAAGCUUCUGAGAGGACAGCGUGCUUGGACUCGGUCACUGCAGCACUGCAGUUUGCCAACACAUCUUAUUUUUUAUCAGUGUAAAAGACUUGUGUUUCUGAGUUAUGUCUUAGUUAAUUAAAAAUAUACAUGAAUUUGAAAAUCUUGUAAUUUAUGGGCAGAUUGCAAUGCAACUUUUACAGACCAUUGUGUGUAAUUUUAUUGUAUUGAAAGUGUGUCCACCAAAAUAUGACUGAUGGUUUUUAUUGUUACAAAGGUACUAUUGCUAUAUCUUUGUCAUCAACUGUUGUUUGAGCAAUCUAGUGUAUCUUAUAGAUACUGUUUAUCUGGCAUGAGCUGAAAAGAUUUAAAUAUUUUAUUCAGGGGAACUGACAAAUGUAAGGGUAUUACUGUAUACAUUUUGUACUGGACAUCAUUUGAAACAAAUAAAAUGUAAAAAAAAAAACUACA